CUACUGCGAGCUGACUCCAUCGCAUCGCCUCUCAUUCACACUCCGCAGGUAUCAAAGAUACUCAUACAACCAACCUACUUAAACUCGAACUCGCACUCGCACCCCUUAUCUUCUUUCUGGCAUCCUAUUGCUACAACGAUCAUACCAGAAUGUGUUCAUCAGACGUCUUCCUAGGCUUACUCGCCAUACUCUUCCCCCCUCUUCCAGGUAAGUCUCCGGCACCCCCCCUCGCCUUCGAGGCAGUCGCAAUGUUGACAAAAAGGCGAACACUAACAUCUCAAAGUCUGGGUCAAAACAGGACUCUGUUCCGCCGACUCUCUCAUCAACAUCUGCCUCUGCAUGUUGGGGUUCAUACCCGGCCUGCUACAUGCGUGGUACAUCAUCGCGAAAUUUCCAGAAUACGAUGAAUACGAUCCCGUGCCUCAAGAUGCCGAGUCUGGCCGUGUGACCUAUGUUGUUGUUACAACACCAAACGGAGGCCACACCAGAGUUCAAAACCACAACAUCCAGCCUGGCCCUCAAAACUAUGGUACAACAGCCCCAAUGGCGCCUCCAGUUCAUCAAGAUCAGAACGGAACUUGGAAUAACAAUGGAGCGGAGGGGAGCAGCGGGGCCGUCCCUCCUCCAUAUGCCGAGGCUGUGAAGGGAAAUCAUAAAGUUCAAUCAAGGGACUAGAUGGCAAUUCUUCAAUGGCGGGAGCUUGUCUUGACCUUUGCCUUUGAGAUAGGCAAGGGUAUCCGUAGAACUCGGACGGUACUUUUCUGUAAACUUUGUAAUCUUAUGGAAUUUUUGGCGCAAGGAGGGGUCGGUGGGCUAAUAUCAGGGAGCAGAUGGUGAAGA